UAGUGGUGCGACAUCUCCACAGCGCAGUGCUGCUGCCCUCCCUCCCUUCCUCUCACUCCCUCGCGCUCGUCCUACAUGAAUCGCGCGCGCACACUCGGAGCCGCUGAAGCCUGACUCUAAACUCCACGCGCUCCAGACCCCGACGCUCACAAUCGCUUGAUGCCCUGCUCCGCUUCCCUCCUCUGGAUAUUCUUCCUAAGGUGUUUUUUUUUUACCCCCCUCGUUACUCUUUUUUUUUUUUUUUUUUUUUUUUCUGAAUGGGCAUCUAUGCCCAGAGCGAGGAGCUUUUCAAUGGACUGACCUGCUUGACAGCCGGUGAGGAAGAAAAAAAAUAAAAAAUAAAUAAAGAAGAAAGAGCGGCAGCUGCGAUUCAGUUUUAAGAGAGGGAUGCUGAGAGGUCAAGUGAGGAGCAGCGGAGCCUCUUAGUAGUCUGGAAAUACAAAGACACGUGAGGGGAAUCGUGAAAGCUGCAGAGAGACACAGAGGGAGGAGGAUGGUUCACCACAGCGAGGAGGACUUGAUUGGGAUCCCGUUCCCGAACCACAGCAGCGAUGUCCUCUGCAGCCUCAACGAGCAGCGGCGUGACGGCCUGCUCUGCGACGUCGUCCUCAUCGUCCGUGACCAAGAGUACCGCACCCAUCGCUCCGUUCUGGCCGCCUGCAGCCAGUACUUCAAGAAGCUCUUCACGGUGGCCACCGCAGACGGCGGAGACCCCCACCACACAGCUGCCGCCGCCGUGUACGAAAUCGACUUCGUGGCUCCAGAGUCCCUCACGGCCAUCCUGGAGUUCGCCUACACCUCCACGCUGACCGUGACGGCGUCCAACGUCAAGGAGAUCCUGACCGCGGCGCAGAUGCUGGAGAUUCCCUGCAUCAUCAACGUUUGUCUGGAGAUCAUGGACAGCGGGGACGGGGGUGGAAGGGGGGAGAAGGAGGAGGAGGGAGAGGAGGACGAAGAGGAGGAGGAGGAAGAUGAGGACGAGGAGGAAGAGGAGGACGAGGAGGAAGACAUGGGGUCCAGGAAGGAUGAGCAGGAGGAGGAGGACGAUGUCAGCGAGAGGUCGCUGCAGUCGUUGGAGAGCAGGGGCGAGCAGACGCCUCUGGGGACGGAGGACUCGUCUCCUCCCAGCACCUCAACGUACCAUGGACAGUUAGACCAACUCUCCCAGUCACAGUCUCCGGACACCAUCAGAGGCAAACAGGAGAGCAUGGAGAGUCGGGCUCUCAAGGAUUUCUCCAUCGAGUCUCUCCUCCAAGAAGGGCUGUAUCCUCGUAUGUCAGCUCUCGACCGGAGGGCCAACUUCUCUCCUUUCAUGCCCGGCUUCUACCCCUCCAUGUGGGCUGCGGAGUUCUCAACUUUCCCGCAGCAGCUCCUGAACCCUGCACAUCCCCACGCUGCGCCCUCGCCACAAACACGGCUCCUUCACACCUUCCCCGCCUCCACGCCUCUCGAGCCCUCGAGGCCCCUCGAUCUAGCUGUGAAAAGGGAAAUCAUCAAGGAGGAGAUAAAGGAGGAAGUCCCUCCCAGUCUGCUCCAAGGGGACUUCCUCAAAGAGUUUGUCAGCUCGGGUUUGGGAGGCACAAUCAACGCCGGGUCGGCGUCGUCAGGGGGUCACAUCAAGGAUGAGGCGGACAUCAGGUCUUACCUGAGCUUCCUGAGCUCGGCGUCCCACCUGGGGGCGCUGUUCCCACCCUGGCAGCUGGAGGAGGAGAGGAAGAUGAAGCCCAAGGCCUCGCAGCAGUGUCCCAUCUGCAACAAAGUCAUCCAGGGAGCCGGGAAACUGCCGCGGCACAUGAGGACGCAUACGGGGGAGAAACCUUACAUGUGCACGAUCUGCGAAGUGCGAUUCACAAGGCAGGACAAACUGAAGAUCCAUAUGCGGAAGCACACAGGUGAGCGCCCCUACAUCUGCCUUCACUGCAACUCCAAGUUCGUCCACAACUAUGACCUGAAGAACCACCUGCGCAUCCACACCGGCGUGCGGCCCUACCAGUGCGAGCACUGCUACAAGAGCUUCACGCGCUCCGACCACCUCCACCGACACAUCAAGAGGCAGAGCUGUCGCAUCUCGCGCCCCCGACGGGGGCGGAAGCCCACGGUCUGGAGGUCCGCGCCCCCCGGCGGCUUCCUGUGCCCUCCGGCGGUCUCGACAGGCCAGGUGGAGGAAAACGGGCUGAGUCCCGCCUACCAGGGGGUUAAGAACCACAGACUGGGAGAGCUCCUCGGCCUCGGCGGCAGAGGUUUAGGGUAUAAGAGCGUGGACGGUCUGGUCAGGGAGAACAGGGAGGAGCGGCAAGCAGAGGGAAGGCAGGUAGCGGUGGAGGAGAAAGCCGGAGCACUGAGGCAGAGAGGAGUGUUCGCCUUUGCCCUAGCUGGAGAAGAAAUGCUUACCCGCUCUCCGUUUUAUGCUGCGACCGCUGAACCAUGGACCAUGAGACUGGAACGCGCUCCACCCAUCCCAGAGUCGGCAAAGUGAGCUCUAAUCUGUAGAGUAAAAAUAAGGACUAGAAAAUCUCUUUCAUUUCCGUGUCUGUUCUGCUCCAGGAAGCUAAAGCACCUUUUUAUAAAAAGGAAACAAUGAACGUUGUGAAGCCUGCUGAUGUGGCAGUGGUAAAGCUGCCCCCCCCCCCCCCCCCAAACGGUCCAGUUAAGUUAUGAAAUAACUGUUUAAACCCCGUGAAUGUUUACAGAUAUUUGCAAAGCAUUUGAUAAUCCUGUAAAGGGGCGUCUCUCCACAAUGCAAAAAAAAUUCACAUCUAUACCGAGGUGUGACAUACAGAAGAUUUCACAGCAUAAAUCAUGUUUGCUAAACAAAACGGAUGUACUGCAGGCAAUUAAAGUGAACUUAACAAAAGUCUUUUUACAUAAUUGUGUUUUCAUGGUACAAAUUAACAGAGAUUUGAGCGCUCAUCAGUCCAUUAUAUUUUGUUUUGUUUAUUUUCUUAAUGAUAAAACUUCAAAUAAAAUCACUUGAAGCCUAUUAUCAGGAUAUUCAACCAUGGGUUAUUAUCUUCCACUGCCUUGUUCUUGUUUAAGCUCCUCGUCUGCACUAUUGUACAUAAAACCUCUGGCCGUGGUGGUGUCAAUUACGGUGAUGUGGCUGAUGAUGUAAUAAUAAAAAAUAAAAACAGAAAACCUAUGUAUAUUGCUCUUUAAAGACUGAGAAAUCCACCCAAAGAUGAGUACUUUGAUAUCUGACUUGAAUACAACUCUGUUUUAAUAUUUAGAAAUGUGUAUCUUAAGAUGCUGUAUAAUAUGACUAACAGCCGCUUUAGCUACAAACGUAUGCUCGUGUUUUUUGCUCUGGUGCAACAAAUCAGCAGAAACUUUGGCCCAAAUUUUGUUCAUGCAAUGUUCAUCUCUGAUUUUGCGCGAUGAUGAGUGCAAGAAUUAUUUGAACUGAAAUGGGAAAGUAUUUUCUUGCUAUUUAUGUGUAUUUAAAUGAAUGAGCCUUGGCUAUAUUUUGCAAAUCUGUUUUAUAAAGACACUAAAUGUUGACCUUCA